CUCCAAGUACUGAGGCGUGACCCCUCCAGGCAAGUCAAACGUACCCAGACACUGAUCAUCGACCAGACUUGUCCAGGCUGCCAGAAGCCUGCAAGCCUCCGCGUUGCAUCGCUGAACGUACUCUCCGCUUAUACAGGCCAUUAAGUGAUUGUAUCGCACCCGAGCACACGAACAUCCACUUUACUAUUCAUUGCAACGACUGGAAACAGCCCCUCGAACAGACUCUACCGAUAGCCUUGCAGCGGAAGCCAAAGCGUGGCAACGAUGAACAUCAUUCGUGGUACCGUCGACAGGCUGCGCGAUACGUGGGCUCCCGUAACGCACACGUCGACCUUCCGAGAGACGGGCCAGAUCACACCCGAGGAAUUCGUACAGUGCGGCGACUUUCUUGUUUACAAGUUCCCGACGUGGUCGUGGAGCGACGCGUCCGAUCCGUCCAAGAGGGUGUCGUACCUGCCGGCAGGCAAGCAGUUCCUGGUGACGCGUGGGGUGCCAUGCCACCGGCGGUUGGCGGAGCAUUUUGCGGAGAACGCCGGGACAGAGGACCAGUUGGUGAAGGACAUGCUGGGCGGUGAAGAUGCAGGGGGGGCGGACGAUGACGACGGCUGGCUGCGGACUGCGGGCGUGGCUUCAAGUCGCGAAGUGCGGCCGGGUGAGGUCAGGACGCUGGACGAAAGCGGCAAGCUGGGUGAGGUCGUGGACGAGGAGGACGAGAUCCCCGACAUGGAGGACGAGGAGGAUGACGCGGAGGCCAUCAUCCGUGACCAUGAUGCCGCCGCCGACGACGCCCGCUCGAAGCGCACAUACAACCUGUACAUCACCUACACACCGUACUACCGCACACCGCGUCUGUAUUUAUCCGGGUACCAGGCGACUUCGGAGCCUCUGCCACCGGCCGCCAUGAUGGAGGACAUCGUGGGCGACUACAAGGACAAGACCGUCACGCUCGAGACGUUCCCCUUCGUCGACUCGGGCCUGAAGAUGGCGAGUGUGCACCCCUGCAAGCACGCCAGCGUCAUGAAGGUGCUACUCGAUCGCGCCGACGCCGCGCUCAAGCUGCGCAUGCAGCGCAUCCGUGAGGGAAGAGCGAGCGCUACCGACAAGAUGGAGGGUAUGGAGGGCCUCGAGGACGCUCUGGGCAAGCUCAAGGUUGCCGACGGCGCAACCCCACCCGCCGGCUCGCAGGCGAAGGACGGCGACGAGUGGGAGGUCCUGGAUCAGGAGCAGGACGACGUCGCCUUGCGCGUCGACCAGUACCUCGUCGUCUUCCUGAAGUUCAUGGCCAGCGUCACGCCGACGAUCGAGCACGACUUCACGACUAGCGCUUAAGGGGGCAUGAGUGUGGACGGCGGAACGAACCAGAACGAACCACGUUUUUUUUUUCUAUAAAUUAUUCCUUUGCUUUCUCUCACGACGUGGAAGCCUUUUCCUUUCUUACUUUUUUUCCGUCGUCGCGGCGCGUUAUACGACUAGAUAUGGAAUGUAAGCUGAAGGAAAAUGAGAGAAGAGAGAAAGAAAGAGAACGAAACUGAGGAAGAGAAGGAGAAGGUAUGAAAUAAAGAAAGAGAGAGAAAGAGAGAGAGAGAGCUGUAGCUGGCGUCAUAGACUUCACAGUGAGAUUGAUCUGAUGUUGUAAAAAAACCUCUCUCUUAACCAUCUUUUCUCUCUCUCUUUAUUUGCUAUGAAGAACUAUCGUUGACGCAAAAUCUCUCAUUCGCUCCAGCGUAGGGAGAAGUCAUGUUAUACAUCGAAUGUAUUUAUUUAUUUCUUUUUUGUCAUCCUUGGAGGAAAGUUACAUACAUAUUAUCAUUACUUUUUGGAACCACCAUUUCACUUUUUAGAGAGCCCGGAAGAAGAAAAAAAAAGAAAUCGUUAGGAAAGUGUCGAGGAAAUCUGCAGCUCUCCACAAAUACAUACAUACAUAUAUUCAUGACAGUUGUGGUG